AUGACGGUAAAAUCCUCGCUACUUCAGAUAAACUUGUGUCGGCAUUUGUCCCAGAACAAGUCCUCUAUCAUGGAGACUGUCGUAUCAUUAUGUACAAGAGCAUUAGAUUAUCCUGAUGUACCACUGCUGAUCAGUUCAACGAAAUUCAUCAUCAAUAUUAUACUUAAUCUCUUGAUCAUAUCGAAGUUUCAUGUUGGUUCCUUCACCCCAGCCGUUAAUAUGCAGGCCUUGAUUAGGCUUGCUUGCGAUAUGGCCUCCGCAUUCUCCGGACUUAUGGAUCUCAUUUUCAUCACAUUCAGUUUGCGGCGGCCUCCUCGUGAGACCACGGUUUGGGGAUUGGUCUUCGUGUUCCUUCCCUAUAAACCAACAGUGACCUUCGCAGCCUUGAAAAAUAUUGCGAGAACCAGUGUUUACACUUUUACGGAAUCUGCUAAUCGAAACGCCGUCUACAUUUGGCUCGUCAAUCGAAUCAUUUUGCUUGGAGAAAACUAUGCCACGGCAUGGGGCUUCUUUAAUACAAUUGGAUGGUGUCUUAUUAUGGUUCCAAUCCAAACUCUUGAGGCAUCCAUGUUAACGUUUGUCUGGGGAAAGUGGCGAGCCCUUGUGAGUGUUGAGAUUCGUUACCCUAAAGCAUCCAGAGCUGAGAUAUUGGUGGUUAUUUGUAUUGCUCUUUCUACCCACGGUAUACAGUCUUUCGCCUAUUUUCUAUCCGGCUCUAAAAUAGUUGCUCAAAUCACGCAAUUGAUGUGGAAGACCAUAGAUCGGGCAUACAUUUUCUACGCUUUAGACUAUCGAGUUGCCGCCAUUCUUCUUGCAGCAUGCCCUCGUUCGUAUUUCCACCAGGCCCUUGAUUCAAACAUCCUCUGGAUGCUACCCUGGGCUAUAGUCGCUACUAAAGUUUUGUUUCCAGAAGCUACCGCAUGGACCUACUAUGCCAUUGUUUUCGGUGAUGCUCUAGUCUUUGAUUUUAUUGAUGUCAGCAUCACUCUACUAAUUUGGGCUUUUCAAUUGUCGAAGGGAAAAUCAAAGUUAAUAUCAUAUGACGAGUUAUGCUAUAGCAUCAAUCACAGGUGGCAUUGGCUGAUAUUGAACUUACAGGUACACCUAUUGUGA